AUGUAUUGUUGUUUUUUUUUCAAAGCAUCUACCUGUUUGGAGCUACGUGCCCUUGUCCCAGCUGUAUCAGGAGUGUACAGAAUCUACCCAUGGAGAGACAGACAGAGACCUGUAGAUGUGUACUGUGAUAUGAAGACACAGGGAGGAGGAUGGACGGCUAUACAAAGACGUGUUUACGGUCCUGUGAGAUUCAACAGAACGUGGAGUGAGUACAAGAAAGGGUUUGGAUCAGCAGAAACGGAGUAUUGGCUGGGAAAUGACCUCAUUCAUAUGUUGACCGUCAAAAAUACAACUUCCUUGUAUGUUUCCAUAAUGUUGACCAAUAGAACAACACUAUAUGAACGAUAUGACCAGUUCUACAUCACAGACGAGGCUGAUGACUACAGAAUCCAGCUGGCAGGAAACGCUACAGGGAGUCUUGGGGACAGUAUGAGAGACCCGUUGCCUAGCUGGAACAUCAAUGGAAUGAAAUUCUCGACGGCUGAUAGAGACAAUGAUUUGUGGCCUGGUGGACCAUGUGGUAGCCGAUGGGGUGGAUGGUGGUUUAAUCACUGUGGAAAAACAUUUUUAAAUUCCGACCACCAGUAUCCACCUUGGGACCCAAAGGUGUCCAACAGAUCUCAUAUCCGUGAAACGAUGAUGAUGAUUAAAUAAUUUCUCUAUUUCUUAACAUUUAAACUCAGACCACAAGUAUUCACUAUAUAUACAGACCCUGAAACGUGCUACUACCCUAAACGCGAGCUCCACGAACGGAACACGCUCGCGACACGGUUUGCACGAAACGCUGCACACGUACUUUGUACACAAAACGCUUUGUUUCCAAUGUUUCUCACACGCUUUGUACACGAUUGUCGUAUGCUUUGGUCUCGAUUUUGAUUUCUAUGCGGAAUCUCUCGGACAUUAUUGAAAUUAUUACAUAUUAUUUAUAGAUUAAUUAGCAUCGCAAUCUUUCACAAAACGUUAAGUUUAAACUCACUACACCAGUACUACACAUUCAAUGCUUCAGUUUUAAGGACAGAUGAUACAAACAAACUUUCAUCAAAAAUUUUGAAAAUAACAACUUUAGUCUGGUUUAUAUAAGGGUAAUGAAUGUUUAACAGCAUAGUUUUUAAUUUUUUAUUCAAAGUUUCAUAAUAAUGGGAUUUAAAGUGACAAAAAAUUGUAUAGAUUAAUAAGUGUGGUUGCAGAAAGGUAGACUUUUGAACGUCACAGAAAUUGAAAUUUCUUAAUAUUUUAGAAAUUUAUUAUAUGCAUCAUUUUCAACCAAAAUAGGUCCUAAAAAUUUAUACUAUUCCAGGCCUCUAAUUUUUUGUUUGUAUCAUUUGUUCUUAACUAAUUUUCAAUUGUCAAUUCGUAUUUAAUCUGCUUGUUUAGCGUCUAAAUUACCCAAUGCAUGAAAAUAUAUACAAUAUAUUUGCCAUUCAUAACCUCUUACAGAAUUAGGUGUUUUUACAAUUAUACUUUUAUAUAUACAGAAGCAAGCCUCGUUAUCUUACUAGAAUGUAAUAUACAAUUAUGGACUCUUUCGGUGGUGAAUAUGGUUUGUUCUUGA